UAUAAAGAAAGUUGGCGAGGUGGUUUUAGCAUAUUAUUUGGUUAUUGUUAUUUUAUUUUAGGUUUUGGUUUUAUUAAUUAUGAGUAAAGUGGAUUUAGUGGAAGAAUCUUCAGCUGUUGAAACAAUUGCAAUAGAUGAUGAACCAGAUGUUAUUAGUGAUUUAAUUUCCAAAGAAAGUAAAUUAUUUAAUGAAUUAGUAGAAAAGUGCUUAGGCCUAGAGGAUUCAAAAGGAAUGACGAGAAUUCUAAAUAAAAUGGUUAUACCUGCUUAUAGGCAACUUGAUGAAAAUUAUAAGAAAUCACAGCGCUUUGAAUCAGUUUUAUGUAAAACUCUAAAACUAAUUGAAACAGACCCUAUUCAUAAAUUCACUCAUGUUAGAGGCUUUUAUGAAAAAUUGAAGCUGCAUAAAGUGAGAAAAAAAGUUAAUUUUGUUACAUUAACAACCAAUAUUACAGAAAAAGCCCAUUAUGAUGGUAAUAAAAGAAAGACUGAUUAUAAUAUGUGUAACUUAAGAAAACAAUCUAAAAUUGAUGUAAUUGACUUGGAUGAUGAAAGCACCACUGUAAUAAACUUAGAUAAAUAUGAGUUUGAUGUAGUAGUAAUUGAUGAUGAAAGAAAUAAUUUAGAUGAAGAAAAAGAAAAUAAAGAUUUGGAUAGAUGCAAUUCAAGCUUAGAUCAGACUAAAAUUACAAAUUCAUUACAAGCAAGCUGUGAAGUUAAGUCUAAUGAUAAUUUAAAUGAAAAAGAGGUAACUAAAAGUGAAAAGCAUAAUUAUUUGUUGACAGAUGUUGAUAGUGAAGUUAAUAAAUUUUUAGUACCAAAGGCAGUUGAAAUAAUUCAAAAUGAAUGUGAACUCACAGACAGUGAAAAAGUGCUCCAAAUUGAAAAACAAAUAGCAAUAUAUAGGGAGAAGAUUGCAAUGUUGGAGGAACAAGAGGUUGAUGAUGAUACAAUGACAUCACCAUAUAUAUUGAGUGAAAAAUACAAAGCAAAUAUAGUGUCACUGUAUAAAGAAUUGUGUAAGCUUACUGGAACUGAAUCAGUUAAGCGUCGUGAAGUAAGGCUUAAAGUAAAUGAUGGGCAUCCUCCUGGCCCAGUCCGAAGACUUGAAAGGUUUUUGAAUAAUAACAUUGGAAGCAAUGGCGAUCCACCAUUUCCCGACUUUUGUGAUGUCGUGAAUUGCGUUGUUAAAUCCAACCAGGAAGAUGGACUUUGUUGGACCAGAGCACAGAUAAUGAAGGAAGGUAAGGUUGUGUUAACCUUAUUGUUUUCAUAUUAACAAAAAAAUAUUUACUAACAUGUUCGUAAAAGUAUAAGCAUCUAAAAUUAUUAAUUCCAGUUAAUUCUCUCCUGUAAGUGUCAUAAAAGUUGUACAAUUUUUACGUGGUAGAGCCGUGCUGUAGCUAUAUUACUGGUAUAGUUGUAGCACAAAAGGGUCGAUACGACUAGGGAAAGACCACGCUUUCACAGAAUACCAGUGUAAAAUAGCAGCUUAACACGGCUGUGUUUCAUAUGGUGAGUGUAGAGAACUGGAUACCCUUUUGAUUAGAAAUGAGGCAUUCUAUCUUAGUCCUCACAGAUGAUAAUGCGUUUUGAUUCGUAAUCGAGGAUAGAUGUCUAUGGGCUACAGCAACCACUUAUCAACAGGUGGACUGUCUGCUCAUUUCUCACCUAAACUUGAAAAAAAAACUAUUCUCAGAAACGGUGUCUACAGUAAUUUUAACUAACAUUGUCACUUGAUAUUUCCAAUAGAAACUCAAGAAUUAAAAACAUGUAAGUAAUACGUAUGACGCCUUGUAAGGGCUAGGUUAUCUAUGAUAUGCAGAUACCAAAAAAAUUCGUUAAUGUAAGCAUGGUCACAGCAUUGCAUUUACAACAUCAGUUGUGAAUUCAAUGCUGCGACCACAUAAACAUAAGUUUAAAUUAGAUGCAAUAGAAUUCAUAAAUUGAUUUAUAUAUUUAGAUUUAUUUAGAUUUUUAGAUUUAUUUAGAUUUUUAGAUUUAUAGAAUUCAUAAAUUGAUUACAAACAUAAUCUUAUAUUGUUGCAAGAUAUAACAAAAUAAGAGGGAAGGCGAUGGAUUCAUCGUCGUCAUCAUUACAGCCGAUCCCAAGUCCAUUGCUGAGUUCAAGGAAUGCCACAAAGCACAUUCUUGACUUGAGAUACCUCUAUCUAUUAACUUCUUGCAUCUCUUAUCAGGUCAUCACUUCAUCUAUUGGGUGGCAGCCCCAUACUUUGCUAACCGGUUCAAGGCUACUACUUGAGAAUGUUUCUCCCCAUCGGUUUCUCAAAUGUUGCCAAAUAUCAGGCUUUUUCUAUUUCUAGCUACGUCAUUGUUCACUCAAUGCGGUCGUGCGCUGCAAAAACGUAGACAAAAGAGGGAGUGGCGCCAUUUGAUGGCUAGAGUGAAGGUCGAAGAGUGUCAUACUGAUCCCGCGGAAGAAAAUCAUGAUCUGGAAGCACGCUUGCAAGCAAAUAGACGGAUAGCAAUGAAAAAGGAAUCUGACAUUCUUGAAACUUUUUCGAUGAUGCAGUACUUGCCUGCAGUGCAAAAUAGUGAAUAUGUUGAAAAGCCAAGUGAAAUUUUAGAUACAGACAAUAGUAGCGAUAGUGACACUACCUUGGAUAGUGAAAACGAAUCGAUAGAUUUAAAUGAUAAUGAAACAAUUGAAAGUAACUUAAAAAAACUAGAAGAUAAUUCAGAAACAAAAAUAAACAGUUAUUUAGAGGCUCCAACAAUUUCAACAAAAUCCAAUAAUAUCAUUAAUAAUAAUGAAGUAAUUGUAAAGAAGGAACCCACUGAGGAUGUAGCACAGUUGCUCGAAAGAUUAGGCGAUAAUUAUACAGCUACUAUACAGGAUAUUGAAGACCCCUUCCUAAUAAUCGAAAUUUCAUCUGACAGCAGUUCGGGUGAGGAGUAGCAUUUUGAACGCUACAAUUUCCUUGAAAGAUGAAGAAAGGGGUCAGCAAAGCGUGAAGUUCAAAUAAUUUGUAAUUUUUACGAAUUAUAACAUUAUAUAUAAACAUCCAUCGAAUUCCUGCAUGUCUUACCAGGUUGUCACUCCAUCUAGCGGGGGGACGCCCUACACUUCUUCCGCCGAUACGAGGUUGCCACUCGAGAACCUUCUUUCCCAUCGGUCCCACUUCUGUUUACUAAUCCUUUGGGCUAUGUUAUCACAUGGAGAAACCCCGAGCAUAGCCCUCUUCAUAGCUCGCUGAGCGACCUUCAGCUUCCUCAUACGGCCAGCAGUGAAGGACCACGUUUCAGUUCCAUAGGUCAUCACGCACUGGUUGUACAGUCUACUUUUUAAGUUUUGAGGUAUACCUAACGAGAAGAUAUGCCGUAAUUUCCCGAACGCUGCCCAGCCGAGUUAAAUCCGUCGAUUAACCUUUCGGUCGAAGCUGGACUUACCUAGUCGGACUAUUUGUCCCAGGCAAACAUACUCGUCAACAACUCCCGGCAUAGGUGUGACAUGGACGUUACACAUUACUUUCAUGAACAGGAACAUCCGUUCUAGACAAGGCGUUAAUGGUUAAAUUUAUUUAUUUGUUAAAACUUACUUGUUAAUUUUUUUAACACAUAAAAUUAACAGUUAACAAUAUUACUUUUGUAUUUAAUUUUUAUUUUGAAAUUUUUGAUGUUAAUUUUAAUGUUUUAAUUUUACGCAUGAAAUUUUAAUAGGUACAGGACUCUCUAGUAUUAAAAAGUCUUAUUAAGCUAAGCUUAUUUAAAAGUUUAUUAAUUCAAUAUUUACAUUAUGUUAAGAAUUUUAGGCAUCGGGUCAAACCGGUCAUUAAUAACCCGUCCGUGAUCUACCCGCACGCACCGCCCCCGCGUGGCCUUCCGCAGUUCACCACACUACUUAUUUAUUCUGUGACCGCACGCACAAGCACAGGUCGUUGCAUCGACGCACAGCGCACACUCGCAUGUAUUACAUAGCGGCGGAUUGCAGUAUGCGAUGUGCGUACUAUUAGUAGUUUGUCGAUUGUUAUUCGAAUAAUCAUGUUGAGGAACUACUAAAUCGACAAUCGAACCCGCAAUUAUACAAUUUUCGGUUCAGUCGAUUGUUUUUUUUUUUGCAACAAUCGCCCAUCGCUAUUGAGCAUAGUGCUUAGCAUGGAUGCUGGUGGCUCAGGACCGUGCUUUGUGGCAUUUCUUGGGGGAGGCCUAUGUUCAGCAGUGGACUUGUGAAGGGCUGUAAUGAUAAUGAUAUAAACACUCGGGUGAAUCGCGACACUUAGUAUCAAAGUUACCUAUAUCAAAAUAUUGAUUACUUUUUAACUGGAUGUUGUGCCACUGUCUGACAAAACUACAAAAGCUUCACUAGUUUAUUUUUUAAUAUGUAAAGGACAAAUGACGACGCUGAAACCAGAGUGAUCUAGGGCACAAUAGUAGGUUUCUGAGAAAAUGAAGGAAAUGCGUUACGCGUUAUUAAUGGAAAUCUAUAGGCUUUUUAUUAUUAUUUUUUUGUUAUAUGUACUUCUAAUAAGUUUUAAAUAAAAAAAUAUCAAUUUUUAUC